AUGUCCAACAAGCCGACAGCUCUUAUUACUGGCUGCUCAGAAGGCGGAGCCGGCCACGCCCUUGCUCUAGAAUUCGCAGCCAAAGGUUACCGAGUCUUUGCUACAGCUCGAUCCACCAAAUCGCUUGCAGGUCUUCAAGAAAAAGGCAUCGAGCUUCUGACACUUGACGUGACCAAGUCAGAGAGUAUAUCUGCUCUCAAGGAUGAGAUCACAAAGCGAACGGGAGGAAAGUUGGAUGUUUUGUUCAACAAUGCUGGAAUGAUGUACGAGGCCCCGGCGAUUGAAGCCGACAGAGUGCAAGUCCAGAAUAUGUUCAACACCAACGUCUUUGGCCUCUUCGACAUGGUCCAGACCUUCACUCCUCUACUCCUGGCAUCAGUCGCCGACUCAAAAACGACACCUACCAUCAUCAACACAGCCUCAAUCGUAGCGCGUGUACCCUACUACUUCACCGCCCAGUACAACGCCACCAAAGCAGCAGUCGCUUCUUACUCCGACACUCUACGUCUUGAACUUGCGCCCCUCGGCAUCAAAGUCAUCACUUUGUACAUGGGAGUCGUAGCGACACAUCUUACGUCAUCUGACAAGAAGCUUCUUUCUCCUGAUAGUAUCUUCAUCGAUGCUGAGGAAGGUCUUCGUGAGAGAUCUAGACUUCAUCUGAAGAAUGGUACCAAGCCCGAGGAAUUCGCACGAUUGGUGGUGAAGGAUGUUUUGAAGAAUAAGACAGCUUUGAGUAAGGGGGAGUAUAUUUGGCAGGGAGCGAAUGCGUAUGUUGUCUGGCUUCUUAAUGCGAUUGGAUGGAGAAAGAUCUUUGAUGGGAUCUCAGAGGGAGGCGUUGGUCUCACGAAGGAGGUUAAAAAGGCGAUUUAUAAGAAGGGUCAGGGCAGUUUGGCAAAGACUAGUUAG